AUGGUUACUUUUAGCCCACUUUCUCUUCUUGCUGGUCUUGAACUUCGCGACUCCGUUGGGCUCACAGCCAGUAUCGGCGCUUCUGUUGUAGUCCAGCGACCAGGUCAACUCAUGGCGUCGGCCGACAGUGAUGACGAGUUCGUGGCUGAUAGUGACUCGUCUUACGACUUCAACGUUGUGUCGUCGCCACGCUGGGCCGACAGGGGGUCAACCAGUGACGAUGGGGACGUGCAUCGUCAGGAGUCCAAUACAGCUAUGGCUACAUCAUCCAGUACAGCUAUGGCUCCAUCGUCCAAUACGGCUAUUAUUCCAGCUAUGGCUGCAUCGUUCGAUACAGCGCCAAUCGUCUGGAAGACAGCUCAUAGUUUGGGUGUAUUCUCGUCGCGCAAGGAGGCAAGGAUUCAGCGGAGCGAGCUCGAUUUAAGCAGAAGCAUAAUUACAAGACUGUCACCAAGACUAUCACGCAGUUCAAUUGCAGCUCUCAUGACCGAUGUGGUCGCAAGGCUCGGAUUCUGGCUCCGAAGACCGGACCCCGAGUAUUUGAGGUGGUGGUGGGCGGAUCUCACAAAAUAG